AAAAGCAUGGCAGACACCACCUCUCAGGAGAAUGAGUGUUCUUCAUGGUCGGACUUUGAAACUAGAGGUGGGGGUGAGGCAGAUCUGUCAUCGCUGCCGGCGGCUGUGAGGGCGAUCGUCGAGGAGUGCAGGGCGAAGUCAGCAAACCCGCCGCCCCCUGAACAGCAGGCUGGGGAGGUCCUGCCGUACCCGUGUCGCAUGUACGAGGAAAGUAUUCCUGGCGAGGAAGGCAUGCUACAGCUACAGUGGAUGAGACUCGAUAUGUCAAACAUGGACAGUGAACGCUGCUGGGGAGAGGCGAGCUUGGACGGAGAGCACGAUUGCGGCCCAGAUUCCGGCUUGGUACUCCCCGCGGUGUAUAGCAUGGAUCCAGCUCAGGUUUUGCCCCCAACGAUGAUCGGACUCCCGCCAGAGCUACAGCGUGACUUACAAGGCAGCAACGACGGGUUUUGCCAAUGGGCUUCCGAUGACAUCCCGGAGGACCAUCUCUUUAAGCUUGGCGAAAAACUCACGGAGGCGUUUUCCGGCGAACCGGGUGGUAGCAGGCGAGCGGAAGGCUUGCCCCCAGACGUCAUUGCGGAAGUGGCAUCAUUGUCCCGCACUGAUUGGUCCGUCUGCCUCGAGCGUUACGUUGACUUCCGAAGGUGCGAUCCCACGGCGAUCGCACAAGUCCUCUUGGCCGCUUCUCCCCCUACCCUCGACUGCCUCCUGGGCACCGUGCUGCCGGGGCUUGUCACCAAGAUUUCAUCCCUCAGCGCCGCUGCGAAGGCACCCACUUCCUCGGAGACAGGAACCAAAGACAGCAGCGCAAGCGGUCGGAAUGGUGGAGAACAAGCCGCGACAAGUGCAGGCAAUGGUCAAAGGAACACCGCUGCUUUGCUCGCAAUCUGUCGACUGGCCGCCUCUGUUGCGGCCUCCGUGAGGGGGGAUGCAGAUCCCGUGGCGUUUCGGGAUAAAGUGUCGGGUAGCGAGCUGCGGAAGCUGGGGGCGCUCGGGAAGGAGGCGGAGGUCGCGCUUGCGGAGGCGUUUUUCUAUGGGGAGGGGGCGGGAGCGGCGUUUUAGAGCCCCCGUUGAAGGUCGUGUCCCUGGAUGGAUGUUGUUGCGUUUUUCAUGGUCCAUGAGACGAGUCGGGGAAACUUGAACUUUUCUCGGUCAGCUUGGUCGGGGAGCAACUCAGAGGACCACACGUGAUGGUGUCGUUCCUAGUCGGCACCUCCCACCUGGGGGAGUCGAGCAGACCUGCGUUUAGCUCCAUAGUUAGCGACACUGUCGCUCCAUGUCAGAGCCAUCACUGUCUGACAGUGCAAAUUGGCCGUCACAUCUGAACCAC